GCAACCUUUCUAUCGCCCUAAAGGCAUGAACACGAGGCUUUCCAAGAUGGCUGAGGACAGUGAUCUGAUGCGGAAUGAAGACGAUUUAUGUUUAGAAGAUGCUGAAGAUGUAGUUGUUGAAAACGGUUUUGGAGAAGAGCCAAACUUCAGUGAUCCAGAGGAUUAUAUAGAUGACAUUACUGAUGAUGAGCUCGUUGGUGAUCUCCUGAAGAAUAAACCAAAGGAGACUGAUGGAUUUGAAUCAGUAAUUGUGGUUGAUGGAAUACCACAAGUUGGUCAAGAAAGACAAGAAAAGCUUGAGAAAGUGAUUCACAAGAUCUAUUCCAAGUUUGGUAAAAUCAUUACAGAGCAUUAUCCAAAAGAUGAAAAUCUGAAAACUAAAGGGUAUGUCUUUCUGGAGUACUCAUGUCCUGCCCAUGCUUUAGAAGCAGUGAAGAUGACUAAUGGCUACAAGCUAGAUAAACAACAUACAUUUUCUGUGAACUUGCUAACAGAUUUUGACAAGUACGAAAAUGUUUGUGAUGAUCUUGAACCUCCCACACCUCAACCUUAUGUAGAUCAUGGUAAUCUGUGGUACUGGCUUGAAGAUCCUGAUUGCUAUGACCAGUACAGUGUUAUUUAUGAAGGUGGGGCUAUGUCAGCAGUGUUCCUUAACAGUCAUCCUGAACCUACUCCACUCAGAACAAGAGAAAGAUGGACAGAGAGCAUCUUGGUUUGGUCACCAUUAGGAACAUACCUUGCCACUUUCCACCAGCGAGGAUUAGCCUUGUGGGGUGGAGAAGAUUUUCGACAAAUAAUGAAGUUCCAACACUCUAGAAUACAGUUUAUAGACUUUUCUCCAAAGGAGAACUACCUGGUAACCUUCAGUCCUGAACCAGAUAAUAGAGAUGAUCAGCAGGAAAUCAUUAUUUGGGACGUAAGAACUGGUUUAAAGAAAAGAGCAUUUCAUGCAGAUCAUUUGAACGAACCAACAGUAUGGCCAAUGUUUAAAUGGAGCCCCAAUGACAAAUACUUUGCAAGAAUGACACAGGAAACACUUAGUAUUUAUGAAACACCGUCAUUUGGUCUACUUGACAAGAAGAGCCUUAAAGUUGCAGGCAUGAGGAACUUUUCUUGGUCUCCAAGUGAUAAUAUCAUAGCUUACUGGGUAGCUGAAGACAAAGAUGUUCCUGCUAGAGUUACACUUAUAGAGAUUCCAAGCAGAAGAGAGCUUCGAGCAAAGAACCUUUUUAACGUAGCUGACUGUAAAAUGCAUUGGCAGAAGUGUGGAGACUAUUUAUGUGUCAAAGUAGAUAGAUACAGUAAAUCUAAGAAAGAGAAAAGUGAAUGGAAGUACAGUGGCUUGUACUACAAUUUUGAAAUUUUCCAUAUGCGAGAAAAACAAAUUCCUGUUGACAGUGUAGAAAUAAAAGAAUAUAUCACAGCAUUUGCAUGGGAGCCUGUUGGUAGUAAGUUUGCUGUAAUCCAUGGGGAAACUCCACAUAUCAGUGUCAGCUUCUACGGAAUCAAGGGAGGAGGCAUCAGCUUCCUGAAAAAAUUUGAGAGAAAGCAGUUUAACCACCUGUUUUGGUCUCCAAAUGGACAGUUUAUUGUUCUUGCUGGACUGAGAACCAUGAAUGGCAGUCUAGAGUUUGUGGAUACAUCUGACUUUACUGUCAUGGCACAGUCAGAUCAUUUUAUGGCAACAGAUGUAGAGUGGGAUCCAACAGGAAGAUACGUUUCCAGUGGAGUGAGCCACUGGGCACACAAGGUUGACAAUGGCUACUGGUUAUGGACAUUUCAAGGAAAGAUCAUUCGUAGGCAUCCAAUGGAUGGGUUUUGCCAGAUGUUGUGGAGACCACGCCCUCUGACACUUCUUUCAGAAGAAAAGAUUAAAGAGAUCAAGAAAAAUUUAAAGAAGUACAGUGCUCAGUUUGAAAUCAAGGAUAGAAUGUCCCUGUCCAAGGCAUCCAAGGAAUUGGUGGAAAAGAGGAAGAAGGUGAUGGAAGAUUUUAGGAGUUACAGGGAGAGAAAAAGAGAAGAAUUCAUAAAAUUGAAAACUCAACGACUUGAGCUGCGUGAUGGAGUGGACACAGAUGAGUUAGACAGUCACUUGGAAAACCUGGAAGAAGAAACAGUUGAGUUUUUUGUCAAAGAAGAAUUAAAAGUGAUUGAAGAGUAAAAGGGAAAUCAGUUACACUUUGGUGAAUUAGUGUCUCCAUAACUUGCUCCAGCCAUUCUUGGAAGCUGCUAAAGAACUUGACUGUAUGGUGUGGUUCCUGUUCACAAGGGACCACCAAUAUAAUACGAAAGUGUGUUCUUCUGUUUCAUAGGGUUUCAGUUCUUAAGUGACUAUAAAAAGUGUAAUUAUUAUCAAGUUCACUUUUUUUUUUUAUAUCUACAAGAUAGUAUUUUUCCUCUUUUCACAGACCAUGUUUUCACUUUCAAAAUUGGUUCAAAAUAUUUACUUCAAACCUUUCAGAAUAUCUAUGAUUCAUAAUAAAAGUGGCUUUCACCGGAAA